UCCCGGCUCACCGAGUCCCUCGCGACCUGGCCCAGCGGUGGGGGCCGAGGUCCCAGGUCCCGGCCCCGCGCCAUGGAGCGGCGCUGGCCCCUGGGGCUCGGGCUACUGCUGCUGCUCUGCGCCCCGCUGCCCCCCGGGGCGCGCGCCGAGGAAGUCACUCUAAUGGACACAAGCAUGGCACAGGGAGAGUUGGGCUGGCUGCUGGAUCCCCCAGAGGAUGGGUGGAGUGAGGUGCAACAGAUGCUGAACGGGACACCCCUGUACAUGUACCAGGACUGCCCACUGCAGGAGGGUGGAGACACUGAACACUGGCUUCGUUCCAACUGGAUCUACCGAGGGGAGGAGGCUUCGCAGGUCCACGUAGAGCUGCAGUUCACUGUGCGUGACUGCAAGAGUUUCCCUGGAGGAGCUGGGCCUCUGGGCUGCAAGGAGACCUUCAACCUUCUGUACAUGGAGAGUGACCAGGACGUGGGCAUCCAGCUCCGACGGCCCUUGUUCCAAAAGGUAACCACCGUGGCUGCAGACCAGAGCUUCACCAUUCGAGACCUUGCAUCUGGCGCUGUGAAGCUGAACGUCGAGCGCUGCUCUUUGGGCCGCCUGACUCGCCGCGGCCUCUACCUUGCUUUCCACAACCCUGGUGCCUGUGUGGCCUUGGUGUCUGUGCGGGUGUUCUACCAGCGCUGUCCUGAGGCUGUGCAUGGCUUGGCCCAAUUCCCUGACACUCUCCCUGGUCCUGGUGGGUUGGUAGAAGUGGCGGGGACCUGCCUUCCCCACUCACAGGCCAGCUCUGGGCCUUCGGGCGUGCCCCGCAUGCACUGCAGCCCCGAUGGCGAGUGGUUGGUGCCAGUGGGCAGGUGUCACUGCGAGCCUGGCUACGAGGAAGGCAGCAGUGGUGUGGAAUGCACUGGUAAGGAAGGACAUGCCUGCCCUAAGGGCUCCUACCGGACGGACAUGGACACACCCCAUUGUCUCAAGUGCCCCCUGCACAGCACAGCCCCGUCUGAGGGGGCCACCAUCUGUACCUGUGAAAACGGCCAUUACCGAGCCCCUGGGGAGGACUCCCAGAUGGCAUGCACACGUCCCCCAUCGGCUCCACAAAACCUGAGCUUCUCUGCAUCGGGGACUCAGCUCUCCCUGCAUUGGGAACCCCCCACAGAUAUGGGAGGACGCCGAGACGUCACAUACAGUGUGGAAUGUUUGCAGUGUCAGGGUCCAGCACAGGAGAGGGGUCCCUGUCAGCCCUGUGGGACGGGCGUGCGCUUCUCCCCUAGUGCCAAGGGGCUCACCACGCCUACUGUGCAAGUCGAUGGCCUUGAACCCAAUGCCAACUACACCUUUAACAUCAAAUCCCAAAACGGAGUGUCAGGGCUGGGCAGCUCCCACCCGCCCACUGGUGCCUCCCUCAGCAUCAACAUGGGGCAUGCAGAGUCACUCUCGGGCCUGUCUCUGAGGCUGGUGAAGAAAGAACCAAAGCAGCUGGAGCUGACCUGGGCAGGGUCCCGGCCCCGCAGUCCUGGGGGCAACCUGAGCUAUGAGCUGCACGUGCUGAACCAGGAUGAAGAAUGGCACCAGAUGGUUCUAGAACCCAGGGUCUUGCUGACAAAACUGCAGCCGGAUACCACGUACAUCGUCAGAGUUCGAAUGCUGACCCCAUUGGGCCCUGGCCCUUUCUCCCCUGACCAUGAGUUUCGGACAAGCCCGCCAGUUUCCAGGAGCCUGACUGGAGGAGAGAUUGUGGCCAUCAUCUUUGGGUUGCUGCUUGUUGUAGCUCUGCUGAUUGGGAUUCUUCACGUCUUCCAUUCAAGGAGAGUCCAGCGACAACGGCAGCAGAGGCAUCGGGACCGCCGCACUGAUGUGGAUCGAGAGGACAAGCUGUGGCUGAAGCCCUACGUGGACCUCCAGGCCUAUGAGGACCCUGCGCAGGGAGCCCUGGACUUCACUCAGGAGCUUGAUCCAGCCUGGCUGAUCGUGGACACCGUCAUCGGGGAAGGAGAGUUUGGGGAAGUAUAUCGAGGAACUCUGAGGCUCCCCAGCCAGGACUGCAAGACUGUGGCCAUUAAGACCUUGAAAGACACGUCCCCAGAUGGCCAGUGGUGGAACUUCCUUCGAGAGGCAACUAUCAUGGGCCAGUUCAACCACCCACAUAUUCUGCAUCUGGAGGGCGUCAUCACAAAGAGAAAGCCCAUCAUGAUCAUCACAGAGUUUAUGGAGAAUGGAGCCCUGGAUGCCUUCCUGAAGGAACGGGAGGACCAGCUGGCCCCUGGGCAGCUGGUGGCCAUGCUGCAGGGCAUAGCAGCUGGCAUGAACUACCUCAGUGACCACAAUUAUGUCCAUCGGGACCUGGCUGCCAGGAACAUCUUGGUGAGUCAGAACCUGUGCUGCAAGGUGUCUGACUUCGGCCUGACCCGCCUCCUAGACGACUUUGAUGGUACCUAUGAAACACAGGGUGGAAAGAUCCCCAUCCGCUGGACAGCCCCUGAAGCCAUUGCCCAUCGGAUCUUCACCACGGCAAGUGACGUGUGGAGUUUUGGGAUUGUGAUGUGGGAGGUGCUGAGCUUUGGUGACAAGCCCUAUGGGGAGAUGAGCAAUCAGGAGGUAAUGAAGAGCAUUGAGGAUGGGUACCGGCUGCCCCCUCCUGUGGACUGCCCUGCCCCUCUGUAUGAACUCAUGAAGAACUGCUGGGCAUAUGAUCGUGCCCGUCGGCCCCACUUCCUCCAGCUGCGGGCACAUCUGGAACAACUGCUUGCCAACCCUCACUCCCUGAGGACCAUUGCCAACUUUGACCCCAGGGUGACACUCCGCUUGCCCAGCCUGAGCGGCUCGGAUGGGAUCCCUUAUCGAAGCGUGGCCGAGUGGCUGGAGUCCAUCCGUAUGAAGCGCUACAUUCUGCACUUCCGCUCAGCUGGGCUGGACACCAUGGAGUGUGUGCUGGAGCUGACGGCUGAGGACCUGACGCAGAUGGGAAUCACACUGCCGGGGCACCAGAAGCGCAUUCUUUGCAGUAUUCAGGGAUUUAAAGACUGAGUGGCCACCAAGAGGACACCUCAGCCCUCUCCUACCACUGUUCUCAGGACAGGCCGCCAGGGUCACCGCCUGGGCCCUUCCUCAACCUACAAUACGUAGGCUAUUGGUGCUGCUCCUGCCCUCUCUUCCAGGACUCUGUCUCUGGACUCAGGAGCCUCCUUGUUUCAAAAGGGAGGUGGGGGCGGGGGGUGUAGAGGUGAAAUGACAGCUGGGCUGGGGGCGGGUUUAAUAUGUAUACAGACAUACACACACAUAUAUAUAUUUUUGUAAAUAAACAGGAACUGGGUUUUCAUCCCUAUUCCUAAUCUUUUCAUCUUCAUCUCCCAUCAAACCUGGACAGUUGUAGGCACUAUGAAAGAGUCCAUUACUGAAAAUUUUGGAAAACAGGUUCUUUAAUUUGUGGCUGUAGCCUCAACCUGGCAGCACGGUGCGAGGCAGGUGUCCAGGCUCGUCGGGCCUAGGCAAGCAGAGCACAGAGGCUGCUGAGACCAGCCAAGGGUGUUGGUGCAGCAGUGAAAGCAGCAGCACUAAGCCUGGUGCCCCCUAGGGUGGGGACCCUGGAGGACAGCGGGCCUUCCCUGCAGCAUAGGCAAGGACUGCAGCCCAGGGCUGGGCCUCAGCACCCUAGGCCAAUAGGGCCCUGGGUCAGGGCACUUGGGAUACUAGGGAAGGGUUUGGAAUGGAGGGAGGUUCAGGGCGAGUGGAGGUAGGGAUUGGUCUCAAUGUGGGUGGCCAUUGACGGGGUAUGGACCUGCAGUCUGGAAGGAGGCCUGUCCGCAUUAUGUCUGGGCUUUAGCAGCAUGGCACUUCCGACAAAGCACAUGGCCGUCCAGAGGGAAGCAGCCGUCGUCAUCCGCUUCAACAGACAGGGGCUUCCCACAGUCCUGGGAAGAAGAAAGUGUAAGAGGGGCACUGACCAAGAAGGUCCUUGCUCCACCUCA